ACCGCGUAACAUGUCAAACCCAAAAUGAUUUGUCCUUCCGCAGGACCCGUGGCGUUUUCUCCCUUUAUCGGGACGCGCAUUUCGAUUUUCCAAUCUUGGUCAGUUUUCUUGAGUGCCAGCGUUAUAUAAAAGCGUGAAAAGGGGCAUGAUAUCGGGCUGGCGUCCGGGAUUGGGGUACAAAGGUGGUUUUCCAUAGUUAUUAGUUAAGUGAGAAGGGUAGGUCGGACUUUUUGGCUGCUUGUGGUGAAAGUUUGCCGGGUACCGAUUGCAGGUGAGGGUAGAUACACGAUGGCAUCUGUGCGUGUGGCCGUGCGGGUCAGACCGAUGGACAGGCGAGAGACAGAUUUGUUGUCAAAGUGUAUAGUUGUUAUGGAAGGGAACAAGACAUCUAUAACAAAUCUAAAGGUUCCCAAAGGUACUGCUGGGGAUUCUUCGAGAGAGAGAACCAAAAUGUUCACCUACGACUUCUCAUAUGAUUCACUGGAUUCCAAAAGUGCCAAUUUUGUCUCUCAGGAAAAGGUCUUCAUGGACUUGGGUUCUGAUGUCUUGGUGGCUGCAUUUCAAGGCUACAAUGCCUGUGUCUUCGCUUAUGGACAGACGGGCUCUGGAAAGUCCUUCACCAUGAUGGGAGACCCGGAUGAUCGAGGUCUUAUUCCAAGAAUCUGCGAGGGUUUGUUUGGCCGGAUUGCGGGCAUGACUUUAUGGGACGAGGCGUCUUUCUGCAUUGAGGUCAGUUAUCUGGAGAUCUACAACGAGCGUGUUCGGGACCUCCUGAGGAGGAAGUCCACCAAAGCCUACAACCUGCGUGUGAGGGAACACCCGAAGGAGGGGCCAUACGUGGAAGAGCUGUCGAAGCACCUGGUGCAGAACUACUGUGACGUGGAGAAACUGAUGGAGGUCGGAAAUAUGCACCGCACCACGGCCAGCACGGGCAUGAAUGACGUCAGCAGCCGCUCGCAUGCUAUCUUCACCAUGAAAUUCACCCAGGCUAAGUUCGGUGCCGAGAUGCCCUGUGAGACCGUAAGUAAGAUCCACCUGGUGGACCUGGCAGGCAGUGAGAGGGCGGACACCACUGGGACCUCUGGAAUGCGGCUCAAGGAGGGUUGCAGCAUCAACAAGUCCUUGGUCACGCUGGGCAGUGUCAUCUCUGCUCUCGCUGACCUGUCUCAGGACAACGUUUCUGCGAGCUCAAAGAAAAAGCACAUUUUUGUGCCGUACAGAGACUCGGUGCUGACGUGGCUCUUGAAAGACAGCUUGGGGGGUAACUCGAAGACCAUUAUGAUCGCAACAAUUUCCCCAGCAGACAUCAACUAUGGUGAGACGCUGAGCACUUUACGGUAUGCCAACAGAGCUAAAAACAUAAUCAACAAACCUGAGAUCAAUGAGGACACCAACGUCAAGCUCAUCCGUGAGCUACGGGCUGAGAUAGCCCGUCUGAGAGAGCUGCUGGUCCAGGGGAACCAGGUUGCGCUUCUGGACUCGCCCACGGCUUUGAGUAUGGAGGAGAGACUUCAUGAAAAUGAAGCCAGAGUGUUGGAACUAACAAAGGAAUGGACAAACAAGUGGAAUGAAACACAAAAUAUACUCAGGGAUGAAACUUUGGCUCUGCGCAAAGAAGGAAUUGGAGUUGUCCUGGAUUCAGAGCUGCCACAUUUGAUAGGCAUCGAUGAUGAUCUCCUUAGUACAGGAAUCAUCCUUUAUCAUUUAAAGGAGGGAAGGACAAGUGUCGGGCAUGAGGAUUCCGAAACUGAGCAGGACAUUGUUCUGCGCGGCACUGAUCUAGAGAGUGAGCACUGUGUCUUUGAGAACCUCAAUGACACCGUCUCCUUGAUCCCGCUUGGCGGUGCUCAGUGUGCAGUCAAUGGUGCUAAGGUGGUGGAGCCCACCCAGCUCAGGCAGGGUGCUGUGAUACUGCUUGGGAGAACAAAUAUGUUCCGAUUUAACCACCCUAAAGAAGCGGCUAAUUUGCGGGAGAAGAGGAAGAGUGGACUGCUCUCCUCUUUCAGUGUUACUAAUGAGAAUUUGUCCAUGCUCUACAAUUCAGGAUUUGAGUUUGAAAGACAACAACGUGAAGAGCUACAGAAGCUGGAACUAAAAAGCUCUCUUGGCAGGAGGACCAUUGAAGAAAUGGAAGAGAAGCAGAAGAUCGAGAAGGCCGAAUUGAAGCGCAUCCAACAGGAUAUAAAGGCUCUGCAUGAAAAAUCAGAGCAGUUCCAUCUCCGCAACCAAGAGAAGGAAGUGGCCUUGAACUGUUGCUGCCAGGCAAUUGAGAAUCAGCUUUGCUUCCUGCAGGCUGAGAUAGACUGCUUUGAUGAGCUUCUGGAGGGAGAGCUCAAAACUCAUGGAGAGGAGAAGCAGGAACUCUCGCUGGUGACCCAACUGAAGAUGGAGAUCUUCCAAGAGUUAAAGCGAUUAAAGGUGGUUUGGGACAAAGAGGCUGUGGAAAUGAAGAUGGAGGAGAAGUGGCUCCGCGAGCGAGGGUGCAAGGUAGAGCUCGACCAAGUCUAUCGAGAGGAACGGCUACAUGAGAAAGAAUUCCUCCUGUGUCUCCUGAAGAAGUACAACAUGCACUGGAAAGAAGCGGAGGAGAUAACCUUGGAGGAGAUCUGGAAGAUGUUGCUCAAAACAAACGAACAUCUUGAUGGACAUGAAGACCACAAGGAUAUCCAGAGCAUGAGGAUGGAUUUCCAAGUGAUGCCAGUAGAGAAGCCGGCCAUUUUGCCAAAUGAGUCGCUGCAGCCGGAGCGGAGCCCAGACCGUUGCCUGUGUAGCAAACAGGAAGCACAUGAGCUGCUGUUUUCCGAUGAUGAAACACCAAAGAGAGAAGACCAUGAUGCACUGCUGGAGAGGAAUCAUCUUCAAACCUCGGAGAGCCAGCAGGUUGACGUAUGCCACCUUCCUGCUUUAGCAGUGGAGAAGCAUGGGAGGAGAGAAGUUUUGAAUCCAGGAGGGUCCAGUCUGAAACAUGGAAGUACAGACCUACAGUGGGGUUCUAUAAUAGAGCUGGAGAUUCUGGAACAGAUGAGGAUGCUUGCAGCACUUUGCCGCACCCGAAACCUCCCAGGGAUGCAAGAGAACCACAAUGUUGGGUGGAGAGUUCUGGAACAAGAUCAAGAUAGAAUAAUGGUGUACAUCGAGGAAGAGGUGCAAAGAAGGUUGCAGAAGCUGAAUAAGAGCAAUAUGGAAAAUGACACUGAUCUCCACUUACCAUCAGAGCCCCAAGCGAAGCCUGCAUCUUCCAACAAAACUGAUGGGAUCACUGUGAACUGCAAGAUAAAUGCCAUGACUGUGCUGCAGCCAAGUUUUCUGUAUAUCCCCAUACUUAAGGCAGCUGCUGUCUUGGAUGGUGAAAAAAGCUCUCGAGAACAAGAGGGAACAUGCUGCGUUAAUGAGCCAUCCUCGCCAGUGGAGCCUGGCUAUGCUAAUCGCGCACAUGAGGGUCACCUUCCACAGGAAGGAGCGUCUCUGACAACGGUCAAGACAGAAAAAGAACAAGAUGUGUCACCUCAUAAAUCAAGUGAGCUUGAAAUGCUGGUCGUGUCACCAGUGGAAGGACAGGGCUGGCGGGAGAGCUCGGAUCAGGGAGGGGACGGGCCCCCAGACCACUCCAGCCGCAGCGAGGCUGUCUCGAGACUUGAUGGAAGUGGUACUGGCCAAUCUUGCGGAAAUGAAGGACUACGCAGGGAGGCUUCAGAUCUGCUUGCCCACAACACGGAUGGUGACAUUUCCCAUCUUGAACUUGGAAAGCCCCUGCUGGAGACUGCUCCAGUCUGCCUUUCUGCUUCUCUGGAGGCAGAUGGAAGAGAUGUCAACGAGGCAGGGAUCCAGGAAAAUGCUAAAUUUGCCAUACAAUGCCUGCCAAACUUCCCGUUAUUGGACAUCGCUCACGAUCCGUCUGGUGACACUGGCACCUCUGAAGUGUCCAUGGAGAGCCUUGUAGGGGAGGGACAGGAAGAAGUCUCAGAAGAUAACCUAGAGUGCCAGGAUCUGGGAGAGGACCGCCGCAAUAGCUUAGGCUACAAGCUAGCGGGAAAGCUAUCCUGGUUGUACAAAGGUGCCAAUAGUCACCUGCAGAACACUGAAAGGGCAAUUCGUCGGAUCAUAGAACGCAAUUAUCCGCAAGAAGACAGCUGGUACAAACAGAUAUGUACGUUAGUCAAAGAUCUGCCAGUUAACCACCGUAUUAAUCUCAAAGUGACCAUGAAAUCUGAUCUUGAGGAGACUGCUCAAGUCUCAGAAUCCCUUGGAGAUUUGAAGUAUAUUGGUGAACACAAUGCUGUACCACUUCCUAGUACUGCAUGGUCACCAGGCAACACUGUGGAAAUUAGUCAAGAUCUUCAAGUGUUUUGCCAGAAGCUGGUGGAUUUUCCACCAUGUCUCCAGGAGCUUCAGUCUUUGUCUCCAAAAGAUGUGCUAGCUCACUUUCAGCAUCUGAUUCCAGACAUCAAGUGUGUUAGCAAGUUACUUCUGGGCAUAUACUGGCUCCGUGUUGCUAAUUCCCAGCAGCCUGUUCCGCAGCCUGCUUGUGUACUCUUAUUUGAAUCCAUGAUCCAUGUACUUGUCGUCGAUCGUGACGAUGCAGGAGAUAAGGGUGCUUUAGCUGUGUUUCAUGAAUUCCCAUGUCUGCAAAUCAAAGACAUCCAUGUGGGUUUUGCUGGACAGCAUGUAAGGUUGCAGGGUUUCACUGAGGACACCAUCUUGACCAUCUACACACAUAGCAAGCAGCUCACUCAGAACCUUUGCCAAACCCUGCUGAAGGUGCUGUCUCAGACAGGCGCUGAGGGAGAUCACUGCGACCACCCCCUCCUCCAGCAGGAUCUUGCACAACUUUCCCUGGAUUGGAGUUCUUACACGCCUGACUGCAUUCUGGAUGGUGGAUUACGGCUCAGCUCACAGUUCAAAAGGGUCUUGGCUGACCUGGUGUACUUCCUCCAUGGAAAUAUGGAGGAGAAGCCUUCUCUGGCAGACAUGCAGGUCCUCUUGUACACAAGCGUGAAGGCCGAGGUGAACCAUCCCCCAAGGCCGGAUGCCUUAUCACAGUUCCUGCUCAUGGAGAGCCAUCUGGGCCUGGUGCAGGAAGAUGGCGUGUUCCACCCAGCCCCACGCUCCAUUACCAUGGUGUCCAGACGAGCUCACUUUGAGGGGCUCGCCCUACGCAAACUAUCAGACAUCCGCUGUGUGCUCGUGGGAGACAAAGACUCCUCCGUCAGAGUCGAUAUCGUCUUCAAAGCCACCUCUAUGAGUCGAGCUGAAAGCCAGAAUCGGGGUAAAAAUAGUACAGCAGCCCUCCCUUCUCUCUCUGGUUACAAUUUGUUCCUGCAGUCUGAGAUUUGGAAAUUAACUUUUGGCUGCACAACAGAGGCGGCCUUCCUUAUUAAUUACCUGUCCACAGUCUGACAGUUUAGUGUCAUGGUGAUAACGGCCAGACCCAAAGAACUGCAGAAGUUGUAAUGAAAUGUUUGUUUUUUUUCUUUUAAAGAUUUGUAUGGAAAGUGUUUUUGUUUUUUACAUACUUUGUUCACGUUUUAUAUGUAUCCUGCACAGACUUCCUUGUUUUAAUCUGUUAACAUCUAUUUCAAGUUUCCUAGUACUUACUAUGAGACCAUGUACUUUGACCUUGUAUGUUAUUUUGUGCCCCUGCGUUUAAUGAUUUUCACAACAUACAUCUGCCUUUCCUUAGUACUGUGUACGUCACUAGCUUUUCAUCUGUCCCUUAAAUGUCUGUGCUGCAAAAUGUGAAAUUAUAUUUUUACAGAUUGCGCUGAAAUGUGUAAUAGUUUGACUGCGGACUCGCUUUCAACGUACAUGUCAUGCCUCAUCAUUUACUUGCUUGAAUGUUUGUAAGCCGUGAUGCUUUCCAUAGUCACCUUCACUGGGAAUCUAAUCCAUGAUGGGCUGUCACCGAUCACUAGGCUGAAUGUUAUUUGAUGUGCACUAUUCAUGCCAGCUUUCCAAUGUUAGGUCAUGUUUAUGUUGUGUGUUCUUGCAUUGAAAAUCUCAAUGAUGAAUCUCUUUUUAGGGUUAUCCUUUUUUACAGUAGUACUGUCACCUUUUUAAUACUUACAGAUCUUUUAAGCAGUUUUUUUGAAUUGUUGCGCUUGUGCCAUACAAAACCAGAGAAGUAGCACAACACCAGCCCAAUAUUCCGAGCACAGGUAUGUUUACAAUAGGUGUUUGUUCUUAAACUGUUAACAGUGGAAUGGGUGUUUACUAUACUCUUUUAUUUUUAUAAUUUGUCUUUAAAUGUAAAACCCACAUUCUCAGUCAAUCCUAUUGCAAAAGUUUUAAAUGACUUUUGAGCAUUUAAACUUCCCAUUUCUUAAUUCUUCUCUUCUGGUCUUUUCAGUGACUCUGCAUGUUGCGCUUUAUUACAUUGUAGAAAGUUGUGGAACAUUUCCUUAGCCCUUUGGAAGCACAUUACAUGUGGUUCUAGAAAUAUUUUAUGGUGGGAAAUAUUGAGGAUAGAUUGUAGGUACCGUUUCGAUUUUGUGUAAUUGUCAUGUUUUUCAGGAAAAUAAAUAAAUGUUGA